CUCUCACUACUCUCUCUCUCUCUCUACUGCUACCAGGUUGAGCUUUGGUCGGGGAACUAUAAAGGAAAAAAGACUCUCUCUCUCUCUUUCUCUCUCUCACACACACACUCUCUGCGCUUUUCACUCUUAUACAGAAUCACAGGCUCUUUCAGUGAAAGCGAUUGGCCACGAAAAGCUCCGGUACUGUCUGCAACACUAGCGCAUUCAUGGAGGUCUCGGAGAACGAGCGGCGGUCCGAGCUCGGUUGAAGUUCAGAGAGAAACUAGGGUUUUUAGUACUGUGCACAAGCUAAACAAGGUACUUACUUGUCUUUUGGAGGUUCAGCUUGACUGACUUACUGAGCAGGGGCUGAAAUUGUGCGGAACCAAGGAAAGGAAAGGAGUGUUUAUAUUCAAUAUUGAUUUUGAAUUGCAGGCUUUCGUUGAGUGCCUGUAUUCGUGCUGUAAUUUAGGGAAAUGCUAUAUCACUUUCUUUUUUUCUUUAUGGCUUGAAUUUCUUGGGGGUUGAGAAACGAAGACAAUAUGGAGAUAAUUAUAAUAAUAGCUGUUUCGAUGAUUAAGGGCGGCAGGAGUUUGCUGAAGAGGAAGAAAGGGUCGAGAUAAAAAUGACACCUGAUUGAUUAUUCAAACUAGCUAUUAUAAGUCUAUUCUUCUUUAUCAUCUCAAACUUUAGUACUUUUAUAAGCAAAUCUUAUCCCAAGGUAUUAUGAAGCCUUCCACCUCCGGAUUAGCUCAGCAGGCAGAAGAAGAGAAGAAAUGCUUGAAUUCAGAGCUAUGGCAUGCCUGUGCCGGUCCUUUGGUGUCCCUACCAACGAUGGGAAGUCGAGUGGUCUACUUCCCUCAGGGCCAUAGUGAGCAGGUAUCAGCUACUACAAACAAGGAAAUUGACGCACAUAUACCGAAUUACCCCAACUUGCUGCCACAAUUGACCUGCCAACUCCACAAUGUUACCAUGCAUGCGGAUGUAGAAACCGACGAAGUUUAUGCGCAGAUGACUUUGCAGCCUCUAACAGCUGAAGAACAAAAGGAUACCUAUAUUCCUGUUGAGAUGGGAAUCCCGAGCAAGCAGCCGACUAAUUACUUUUGCAAGACAUUAACGGCUAGUGAUACUAGCACCCAUGGGGGAUUCUCUGUUCCUCGUCGUGCUGCAGAGAAAGUUUUCCCUCCACUGGAUUUCUCUCAGCAGCCACCUGCUCAGGAGCUAAUAGCAAGGGAUCUUCAUGAUAUUGAGUGGAAAUUUAGGCAUAUUUUCAGAGGACAGCCAAAGCGACACCUUCUUACCACAGGCUGGAGUAUCUUUGUGAGUGCCAAGAAACUUGUCGCUGGUGAUUCUGUUCUUUUUAUCUGGAAUGAAAAAAAUCAGCUUCAUUUGGGGAUUCGCCGUGCCAUUCGACCUCAAACUGUAAUGCCAUCAUCUGUUCUGUCUAGUGAUAGCAUGCAUAUUGGACUACUUGCUGCUGCAGCUCAUGCUGCUGCGACCAAUAGCUGUUUCACAAUCUUUUAUAAUCCAAGGGCCAGUCCAUCUGAAUUUGUCAUUUCCCUCUCGAAGUACGUCAAGGCAGUGUAUCAUACCCGUGUAUCUGUCGGAAUGCGUUUCAGGAUGCUAUUUGAAACAGAGGAGUCGAGCGUACGGAGAUACAUGGGCACAAUAACUGGGAUUGCUGAUCUAGAUCCUGUUCGAUGGCCAAAUUCUCACUGGAGAUCUGUAAAGGUUGGCUGGGAUGAGUCAACUGCAGGUGAGAGACAACCAAGGGUGUCGUUAUGGGAAAUUGAGCCUUUAACUACAUUUCCCAUGUAUUCAUCAUUGUUCCCACUCAGAUUGAAGCGCCCUUGGUAUCCCGGUGCUUCUUCUUUUCAAGAUGGCAGAGAUGGUUCAGUUAAUGGCAUGCCAUGGUUUAGAGGAGACGCCAUGGGAGAACAAGGACUUAACUCCAUGAAUUUUCAAUCUGUUGGAAUGUUCCCCUGGAUGCAGCAGAGGCUUGAUCAACCAUUCCUUCGAAAUGACCUUAACCAACAGUAUCAAGCUAUGUUAGCGGCUGGUAUGCAGAAUACAGCCUGUGGUGAUCCUCUUAAACAGCAGUUCUUACAGUUACAACAGCCAUUGCAAUAUCAUCAACCUUCAAGUCCAAAUGCUGCAUUACUGCAGCAGCAGCAGCAGGCAUCAUCUGUGAAUCAACUCUUCCAAGCACAACAGACUCAAAUGGUUCAGUCUGAAGAACAACAUAAACAGCAACAGCAACGUUCCUAUCAAGACUCGCAUCUGAUCAACAGCGAGCCACUUCAGCAAAGGCAGCAGCAACCUGUAAUCUCAUCUCCCCCCAAAUUAUCCUCUGGCAUUAAUUCUUCGAGCAUACAAAACAUGCUGGGUCCGUUAUGUACUGAAGCUGGUGAAGAUCUUUUGGGUUUCUCAAGGACGGGUCAAUCCUGGUCUAGUAAAUAUGCUGUAUCGCCUUAUCCUGCAAAGGAUCCUGUCAUAGAGCUUAAUAAUAAUAAUAACAAUGGGCUUCAUUCGCACAACCAUGCUCUUUUCAGUUCGAAUGGUGUUGAUUCUUCCGGCCUCCUCCUCCCCACAACAAUAUCUGGCGUUGUUACUUCCUCAGUUAAUGCAGAUCUAUCCUCUAUGCCAUUUGGGGGCUCGGGAUUACAGGGUUCUCUUUACGGUUGUAUUCAAGAGCCCCCUGAUAUGUUCCCGAGUACAUUUGUUAAGGUUUACAAAUCAGGUUGGGUUGGAAGGUCGCUGGACAUCACCCGGUUCACCAGCUAUAAUCAGCUGCGGGAGGAGCUGGGUCAGAUGUUUGGCAUCGAGGGUUUGUUGGAAGACCCUCAGAGAUCAGGCUGGCAGCUUGUAUUCGUCGACAGGGAGAACGAAUUGCUUCUCCUUGGAGACGACCCAUGGGAGGCGUUUGUAAAUAACGUCUGGUACAUCAAGAUACUCUCACCGGAGGACGUGCAGAAGCUAGGCAAGCAAGAACCGGAGGAUGUGCAGAAGCUAGGCAAGCAAGAAGCUCAGUCCUUCAGCUUCGGUAGCAGCGAAAGGAUGAGUACAAGUGAGAGUACUGACGCUAGGGACCUCGUUUCUGGUCUCCUCCCUUCCUCAGGUGGAUCUCUUUCAUACUGGGACCACCAUUAGGAUGUGUGAUUCUAUUUUGCUUCUUAAGGUUCGAUCGACACACCACGAGUACGUACGACUCUAUUAACUAAUCUUUAAUUUGCUUCUCUUCAUCUUCAUGUGUGCAACAACCUCUACCUAUUUUGUAUUGGGCUUCGACCCUGUCUGUUAUGACGACGCAGUAUGACUGCGGGAAGAAAGAAUUUAUGUACUACUACUACUAUACUACUAUUAGUGCCCGAAUCUGGGUGGGCUUAUUAAGUAGACAAUUAUUGAGUAGAAUCUCUGACAAUGGCUAAUGCCUUAAACCAUCCCAAAUGGGAAGACUUUCACA